GCUUUUCCGGCACUUUGCAGCUUGCGGGAUGCAAAGGGAGCCUCUGGGAAUGGCUUGCUAGAUCUUCACCUCAGGAGCAUCCUUCUGAAACUCCCCGCAUCCCUCGACAAGAUGCCGAUAAACAAACUAUAUGAACAGUAUGGAGAACCUGAUCGGGAGCCGGUAGUUAAUCUGAAUGACCCGACAGCACCCACAAGCCCCCUGGAGUCCCAUUUUAUAUGUCCAGAUAUUACUCCAGACGGAGCAAAGUUGAUGCUCGCGUGGAACCCAAGCCAGCGGCCUGGUAUUACCCAGGUGCUAGCUGCAGAUUGGAUGACUACGCGGGCGUUGCCAGCGUACCAGAGCAGAGGUCGUACAGACGACGCCUAA